AUGGAAAUCCAGAGAGAAUCCUCACAGACGCCUGAGAACGACGGCACGGACCCCAUCACCAGCCUCAUCCACGGAAUCAUGGAGCAGAUCCAGGACUCACCGGGAAGCACCAACGUCCCCCUGUCCCAAAAAGGGGACGAGAAGGUCGGGGGCAUUUAUUCCUGCACCAGCAUCACAUCAGAGGAGCUUAAUGUGGUCUCCUCUCAGCUGACUGACUCUGUCCUGGACGAGAUCAAGGCCACCAACGUCCCCCUGUCCCAAAAUGUGGACGAGAAGGUUGGGGGCAUUGACUCCUGCACCAGCAUCACAUCGGAGGAGCUUAAUGUGGUCUCCUCUCAGCUGACUGACUCUGUCCUGGACGAGAUCAAGGCCACCAACGUCCCCCUGUCCCAAAAUGUGGACGAGAAGGUUGGGGGCAUUGACUCCUGCACCAGCAUCACAUCGGAGGAGCUUAAUGUGGUCUCCUCUCAGCUGACUGACUCUGUCCUGGACGAGAUCAAGGCCACCAACGUCCCCCUGUCCCAAAAUGUGGACGAGAAGGUUGGGGGCAUUGACUCCUGCACCAGCAUCACAUCGGAGGAGCUUAAUGUGGUCUCCUCUCAGCUGACUGACUCUGUCCUGGACGAGAUCAAGGCCACCAACGUCCCCCUGUCCCAAAAUGUGGACGAGAAGGUUGGGGGCAUUGACUCCUGCACAAGCAUUACAUUGGAGGAGCUUAAUGUGGUCUCCUCUCAGCUGACCGACUCCGUCCUGGACGAGAUCAAGGCCACUUUUGGUCAAAAGGAGGAGAAUCAGAAAUCCACCAAGACUGAUCGGAUACCAGACAUCCAUUCAACCUGUGAGAAGAUCAUGGUUCAGCCACGCGUGAAUAUCAGGAUCCCGAUCAGCUUCAAAAUCACUGUAAAGAAGCUACCUGCUAAAGAACCAACCUGCACCGCAGAAAAGAUCAAGAAGAAGAAGGACCAGAUCCUGGGAUUCUUCAGGAGAUCCUGGAAGACCAUGAAGAGGAUCUUCACCAGGAGAUCGAACCGAGUUUCUCCUGCCUAAUUUCCCCACAAUCCCCCAAAUGAUAUUCCCUCCUCAGCUAGAUAGCACGUUCUCAGAGAAUUCGCCCUACAAGAUCAUUUUGGUGAGGAGCAGAAGACUCUGCAGAACUCAGACCAGCUUUUCCACCUUCAGGACUUCAGCUUUUAUCAACAUGAAGAUGCUGUUUCCUUUACUAUCCGCCUGGCACUGCUGCGUUCUGCCCCACGUUGGUCCCUCUAGACUUGGACCGGACCAUCUUGUUCCCUUCCCUUCUUGCUUCUUGGCUGAGAGCUUCGUAGCUGAGAGCUCCGCCGUACCGGAAUGUUCUCCGGUGAUCUUAGGGUCAGGGACUCUUAACGUUCCACAGUCUUAAACUACUCUGUGCAGGAUACGAUCGCUGUUCCAUCUUGGUACCAAAAGUCCUCAUGAUACCAGAAUCUGUGGUUCCUGGUGUUUCUGAGAACUUUUGGUUGCUCAUGAUGGUGUUUUUGGAUUUCUGAAGGAAUUCUGGGACUGUGUGAGCUGAGCUUCAUCUUCUCAGAUGUUGGGCUCCUCCAGUACCAGGAUUCUGGCUGCAACAACUUAAGUGUUAGAUUUCUGAAGGAAUUCUGGGACUGUGUGAGCUGAGCUUCAUCUUCUCAGAUGUUGGGCUCCUCCAGUACCAGGAUUCUUUUUUUUUUAUCAAAGUUUGUUUAUUUUAUUUUUUAAUACAAUUUUACAAAAAAAUAUCAACAAAGAGAAAGUAAUUAAUAAAAAAUAAAAAAUAAAAGGGAAUAAAGUCCCCUUCCCCCCAAACCAGACAUGAGUAUUCAAACUUAAAAUACAGCCAGUAUACAAUAAAUCAAAACAGAAAAUGCCAUCACAUUAAAGUUACAUAUGUUAAUUAUAUCGUCGCGCCGUUAGCCCCCAUCUCCCCAAUAUGUACCAAAAAGGGCUGCCAGAUAUUAUAAAAUUUCUCGGUAGACCCCCGGACAGUGUAUCUAAUCUUCUCCAGUCUGAGAUGACUAGCGACCUCUGUAAACCACUGGCAAUAUGUAGGUGGGGCAGAGUCCUACCAUUUAAAUAAUAUCAAUCUUCUUGCCAGGAGAGAGCUGAAG